ACAAAUAUCAUUGCCACCAGAUAAUUUUCUAUUAGGCCAAAUAAAUGUAGUCACAAUUUCAACGUGAAAUCCAAAUACGUAACUACGUCAUUUACGCAAGUCAGCGACGGUGGUGUUUUCCCGGGAAAUGCAGACACGUGACGAUGGAACGCGCGAAACAGACGACAAACAACCCACCAGGAGGAAAGUCAUUUCAAGAAAGAAAGUCGCCAUGCUGGGAAAUAAAAGACGUAGGAAACCUCUGCAGGACGCUGAGCAUCAUCACAUUACCUGUAAAACUGACAAGCCUGGGCUUCGAGAGCAGUUCAUCAGCAAAUAUAAAGGGCGUGGAGUUUUCACCACUGGAGCUUUUUUCAGAGGUGAUUUUGUUCUUGAAUACAGAGGUGAACUUCUGAGUUCACAGGAGAGUCUGGACCGAACUGAACACUACACUGAAGCUGAGAACACGUUCCUGUUUGAUUUUCAGUGGCAUGGAAAGAAUUGGUGCAUGGAUGCAUCUAAAGAAGACUCGUCUUUGGGAAGACUUGCAAACGAUGAGACCAGAAAUCCUACUUGCAAAAUGAGAACCGUUGAAGUGAGCAGAAAACCUCACCUGUGUCUGUUUGCUGUACGAGACAUUCUACCAGGAGAGGAAAUCACUUACAAUUAUGGAGACUCAGAUUGGCCAUGGCGAGUCAAGCCUUUGAAUAAAGCAUCAGCAGAAUCCACUGAUAAAACGAGAGCCAGCAGUUUGCGCCUGCAUAAAUCCCCCCAUUGUGCAGCUUCUGUUUCCUCUCCUGAACUGGACAAGGUAAACAGCAAUGGUCCUCAUAAGCAGUCAGGCAAAUCAAGAACAUCAAGGAAUAAAACGGCGGCCAGUCUCUUUUUUUCUGUAGCCACUCCAAAGUCCAAGUCACCCACGUCACCUUCAACCUCGCCUGUGCAGCCCUCAUCAUCCUCGCCUGCCUACAGAGGAGGAGAGUGCAUCAACAAAGCUGCUUGCGAAUGUGGCAUAAAGAACCCUGAAGCACUGUCAUCAACUAGGCUCAGGAAACACAUAGCAACCAUGUCUAAAAUUCUUAACCUUAAUGAGAAUGAAGCAGACCAACUGGCUGAUUUCCUUGGUCACGAUAUCCGAAUCCACAGACAGUAUUAUCGGUUACCAAAGGGAACACUGCAGCUGGCAAAAAUGAGUAAAGUCCUAAUGGCCAUGGAGAAAGGAACACUGUCUGACUACAAAGGAAAGAAACUUGAUGACAUUGAAAUCGACCCAAAUGAGCAACUUGAGGCCCAAGGUGAUUCCAUGUCAAGUGAUGAGGAGGAUUCCAGUGACCUAUCUCAGACAUCAGCACCAGCACCAGUACAGACUGAUCAACCUGUUCAAUCUGAUCAAGCUGUUUCACAGGAGGAUCAAGGUUCUUCAAAUGCUCCAAAAAAGAAAUGGGAGGACAGUGAGGUAAAAGCAGUAGAGAGACACAUGAUGAGUUUCAUCAAGACAUGCAAAGUUCCUGGUAAGCAAGACUGUGAAAGAUGCAUUCACGCAGAGCCAGAAGCUUUACGCAGCGAACAUGGACUGGUGUGAAAAAUUAUGUGCGGAACAGGAUCACGACUCUUAAAAGAAAGGGUGGUUUGUAGGGAGGGACAAACACUUCAACACUUUGCACAUUAUGCUCUUUUUGUAGGAAAUGGAGCUAAAUUAAAAGAAAUGAGGAUAAAGGUGUAGAAAUAUUUUGUGGAUGGAAUGAAACAGAAUAUAAAGUGAAAAGUUAGAGUAUAAGAAGGCUAAUGAAGAAGUAGAGGAUAGUAAGAGUCAAUUUUCUUUGUUCAGUUACAAUAUAGUUGGAUGAAAUGUCAUGUUAAACUUUUUGAUAUUUCUGUCAUAGAGGGAGGGGAGAAUGUAAAGAUGAUAAAAAAGGGAAGAGUGAAUAGCUGUGCUGGACAUGGGCUGUGGCUGGAUGUAACCGAUUGGUGAGAGUUGCCGUGUGCAGACGAGAGAAGCUGAAAACUGAGAUGUGAUGUCAGACACUUUCUGCUUCCCGUAGUGAUGCAGAGCCAGAAGCUUUGAAGCAGCGAACAUGGACUGGUGUGAAAAAUUAUGUGCGGAACAGGAUCACGACUCCUAAAAGAAAGGGUGGUUUGUAGGGAGGCACAAACACUUCAACACUUUGCACAUUAUGCUCUUUUCGUAAGAAAUGGAGCUAAAUUAAAAGAAAUUAAGAUAAAGGUGUAGACAUUAAAAUUAAGAGACGCUCGUGCUGUUUGCAUACUUUACCACAGCUGAAGUAGAAAAAAUGCAUUAUUUUCCAAAUACACAGAUAUUUCGGAGACAUUUUCAUUCAAUACAUGCACUGCUUGAUACAGUGUCUGUUUGUACAAGAAUAAAGUUCAACAUAAGCCUAAAUAAAAACGUAAAGCGGGAAGAGAGAAUGUAAAGGGGGACGUUAUAGGACGUAAAGUAGAAGAGCAUGUAAAGGGGAUGUAAAGAGGGAGGAGAGAAUGUAACUGGGACGUAAAGAGGGAGGAGAGAAUGUAAAGGGGACGUAAAGAGGGAGGAGAGAAUGUAAAGGGGACGUAAAGAGGGAGGAGAGAAUGUAACUGGGACGUAAAGAGGGAGGAGAGAAUGUAACUGGGACGUAAAGAGGGAGGAGAGAAUGUAAAGGGGACGUAAAGAGGGAGGAGAGAAUGUAACUGGGACGUAAAGAGGGAGGAGAGAAUGUAACUGGGACGUAAAGAGGGAGGAGAGAAUGUAAAGGGGACGUAAAGAGGGAGGAGAGAAUGUAACUGGGACGUAAAGAGGGAGGAGAGAAUGUAAAGGGGACGUAAAGAGGGAGGAGAGAAUGUAAAGGGGACGUAAAGAGGGAGGAGAGAAUGUAACUGGGACGUAAAGAGGGAGGAGAGAAUGUAACUGGGACGUAAAGAGGGAGGAGAGAAUGUAAAGGGGACGUAAAGAGGGAGGAGAGAAUGUAACUGGGACGUAAAGAGGGAGGAGAGAAUGUAAAGGGGACGUAAAGAGGGAGGAGAGAAUGUAAAGGGGACGUAAAGAGGGAGGAGAGAAUGUAAAGGGGACGUAAAGAGGGAGGAGAGAAUGUAAAGGGGACGUAAAGAGGGAGGAGAGAAUGUAACUGGGACGUAAAGAGGGAGGAGAGAAUGUAAAGGGGACGUAAAGAGGGAGGAGAGAAUGUAAAGAGGAAGGAGAGAAUGUAAAGGGGACGUAAAGAGGGAAGAGAGAAUGUAAAGAGGGAGGAGAGAUUGUAAAGGGGACGUAAAGAGGGAGGAGAGAAUGUAAAGGGGACAUAAAGAGGGAGGAGAGAAUGUAAAGGGGACGUAAAGAGGGAGGAGAGAAUGUAAAGGGGACAUAAAGAGGGAGGAGAGAAUGUAAAGGGGACGUAAAGAGGGAGGGGAGAAUGUAACGGGGACGUAAAGAGGGAGGAGAUAAUGUAAAGAGGGAGGAGAGAAUGUAAAGGGGACGUAAAGAGGGAGGAGAGAAUGUAAAGGGGACAUAAAGAGGGAGGAGAGAAUGUAAAGGGGACGUAAAGAGGGAGGAGAGAAUGUAAAGGGGACGUAAAGAGGGAGGAGAUAAUGUAAAGAGGGAGGAGAGAAUGUAAAGGGGACGUAAAGAGGGAGGAGAGAAUGUAAAGGGGACGUAAAGAGGGAGGAGAGAAUGUAAAGAGGGAGGAGAGAAUGUAAAGGGGACGCAAAGAGGGAGGAGAGAAUGUAAAGAGGGAGGAGAGAAUGUAACAGUGACGUAAAGAGGGAGGAGAGAAUGUAAAGGGGACGUAAAGAGGGAGGAGAGAAUGUAAAGAGGGAGGAGAGAAUGUAAAGAGGGAGGAGAGAAUGUAAAAAGGGAGGAGAGAAUGUAAAAAGGGAGGAGAGAAUGUAAAGAGGGAGGAGAGAAUGUAAAGGGGACGUAAAGAGGGAGGAGAGAAUGUAAAGAGGGAGGAGAGAAUGUAAAGGGGACGUAAAGAGGGAGGAGAGAAUGUAAAGGGGACGUAAAGAGGGAGGAGAGAAUGUAAAGAGGGAGGAGAGAAUGUAAAGAGGGAGGAGAGAAUGUAAGGGGGACGUAAAGAGGGAGGAGAGAAUGUAAAGGGGACGUAAAGAGGGAGGGGAGGAGAGCAUUAGGCUUGUUGGACUUCAUGCAGUGCUGCACAGAACGAUCAGCGGCUAACUUGAGCAGUUCUUGACGGUUAGAACUUGUGUCUGACUUCAGACAGCGACGCCCGUGACUGUGCCAUAAGGCAACAGAGUACAACUAGAGUGAUUGGAGAGCAGGAGGACUCAGCCAGAGCAGAUUCUCUAGAGCGACUCACGAGCUCUGAUGAUGACACAGCUAAUCCACGAUUGGCAGAGUACACUGCUUGACAAUGAUCACGUGUGUUUCAUUUUUCUUCUCACACCUUCAGUUCCACUAAGGAUCACAUCUGUUCUUUAUAACAGUAAAAGCUCUUUUCAUGUAGUUGCGAUAGACCCCACUUCACUGGUAUUUAGGCUUAUUUUGAACUUUAUUCUUGUACAAACAUUAGUGCAUGUAUUGAAUGAAAAUGUCUCUGAAUUAUCUGUAUUUGGAAAAUAAUGCGUUUAUUCCACUUCAGCUGUAGUAAAGUAUGCAAACUUAGCCUGAGCAUCACUACAGGAAGCAGAAAGUGUCUGACAUCACAUCUCAGUUUUCAGCUUCUCUCAUCUGCACACGGCAACUCUCACCAAUCGGUUACAUCCAGCCACAGCCCAUGUCCAGCACAGCUAAUAUAAGGGAGGAAUAGAGGGAGUAAAUGUAAAGAGGAUAAAGAGAGGGAGGAGUAAAGCGGGUAAAAAGAGUGAGGAGUAGAGUUAAAGAGGAUAAAGAGAGGGAGGAGUGAAGAGGGAGGAGUAGAGUUAAAGAGGGAGGAGAGAAUGUAAACGAGGAAGUAGAGAGAUUUUGAAGAAGGGUGGAUGGAGGAAGUACAGAGGAUAGUUGUGCAGUGAGAA